AUGGAUAAAGAAAACAUUAUUACGUUGUUGACACCAAAAAAGAUUGCUUCUAUGAAACGAAACGAGCUCGAAAUUAUUUGUAAACAGCUCGGUUUGAAUAGUAGUCAAAAGAAUUCUGUUUUACAAAUGAAUUUAGCAAAAUAUGCAUUGAAGGAGUUGAGUGGUUGCGAAAACGAUGAUAUAUCAACAGACAUAAAAUAUGAUGUUUCCGACAACAAUAACAUCCAUCACGAAUCACAAAUAGAUACGAUGUCAGAUGACGGAUAUUUUGAUGAAAUACGAAAAAGAUUUUUACCAAGUCUGAAAGAUCAUGAAAAAGAACAACUUGAUAUAGACAAAUCUCCAAAAGCCACUACUUUGGAAAAUAUUAACAAUAAAUCUAGGCAAAUUUUUUUAAAGAAAUUUGGAAGGGGAAAAAAUCUCAUUAGGACCAGACCUUCACGAAUUCCUAGACUUUGCCAAUCAACAAAUAUGCAAUCCAUCACAACAAAAAAUGUUAUCUCUAAAUUACAGGAAAUGGGAAGAUUAAUUGGGUUGAAACGAAAACAUAUGGAAACUAAUGUUGUUGUUAAAUCAUCCACGAGAAUUUAUAUUAAUCAAGAAGAAAAAAGAAGGCGUGAAAGAAAAGAGCUCUUGAAACGAAAGCAAGCAGCAAGGAAUGGUUAG